AUGGAGUCGGAUCUGUUCGCCCAGGAGCUGGUCUGCGCCAUCUGCCUGGAGCUUUUCACCGACCCGGUCACGCUGCGGUGCGGCCACACGUUCUGCCGCCUCUGUGUCACCCGGUGCUGGGGCGAUCGGCGCUCCAGCUCCUGCCCCGUGUGUCGGCGGGUGGUCCCAGCCAGGGACCUGCGGGGCAGCCGGGCGCUGCGGAACCUGGCGGAGAGAGCCCGCUACUCGGACCGGAGGGCCGGCGGGUGCGAGGGGUCGGAGCGGCCGUGUGCCGUGUGCGCAGCGGAUCCGGGACAGAGAGCGCUCGGGCAGGGCCCCCGGAGCCAGCAGCAAGAGGACUCCCCUGCCUCAGCCAUCUAUUCCCUCAGGAAGGCACGAGCAACCAGCCUGGAAUGUAUACAGGAGCAGGAGCAGAACAUCUCCAAAAUUAAAGAACAGACUCAGAGUCUCCACAUCCACAUCAGGUCUGAGUUUGCAGAGCUGUACCAGCUCCUUGCUGAGAGAGAACAGCGUCUGCUCCGUGCACUCAGGCAGGACAAAGAGAGGCUUCUUGACGACAUGGAGAGGAACCUCCACACCCUCUACAAGGACCUGGAAUCCAUCGACCGACAGCUGCUGGAGAUGGAGCAGCAGGCCAGUGGACCAUUCCUGCCUCCAGAGGUACAGUGGCCAGGCAUUCCUCUCCUGCAGCCUCGGAGCCCAUUGUCGGGAGAGCUUGGCACGACGGAGCAGGUGAGUGAGCCUCUCACGGGAACGCUCUGCGUGGCUAGGCACGGACUCACUCAUCCCGAGCACUCUCCUUCCCCCCUCAGGCCAGAGCGACGUGGGAGCCAGCCGGUGCUGGCCCCGCAGCUGUCCUUAGGGGUCUUCAGGGGACCCUUGCAGUUCGCGGCCUGGAAAGGGAUGCUGGAUCAGCUCAGCCCAGCUCCUAGCACGCUCACCCUCGAUCCGGACAGUGCUCACCGCCGCCUCCUGCUGUCCGAGGACCUGAGAGCGGUCAGCCACGGUGAUGGCAGUCUGCCCCCAGCCGUUCCCGGGCCACGUCGCUUCCACCCCUACGUGUGCGUGCUGGCGGCACAGGGCCUCGCCUCAGGCAGACACUACUGGGAGGUGGAAGUGGGCAGCAAGCCCAAGUGGGAUGUGGGGUUGGUGCGUGAGUCUGUAGACCGGGCGGGGCGGGAGCCGCCCUCCCCCAGCGCUGGCUACUGGAUAGUGUGGCUGCGGAACGGCCACGAGUACUGGGCGCUGACCGAGCCCCGCACCCGGCUCAGCCCCCGGAGAGUGCCCCGCACGGUGGGCGUCUACCUGGACUACGAGGGCGGGCAGGUGUCGUUCUAUGACGCAGAUGGGAUGGUUCAUCUCCAUACCUUCACCGACACCUUCACCGAGACCCUCUACCCCUACUUCAGCCCUGGCCUCAAUGACGGAGGGAGGAACUCUGAGCCCUUGCGCAUUCGCUGGUUGUGACCGCCAACCCGCACCUCCACCUCGAAAGAUAAUAUAGGGACAGCACACUGGCUGAUUGGCAAAGGAUGUGGGAAUCCUUUCGGAUUGUCUGCUGGUGGCUUGUGGUAUUUCAUAGGGCACCGUGUUGGAACUGCUUCCCUUUACGUUAUACGUCAAUGAUUUCGAUGAAAGAAUUGUUGGCUUUGUGGCCGGGUUUGCGGACAAUAUGAAGACAGGCAGGAGGAAGUAGUGAAGUAGACAGUAUGAAGACAGGCAGAGGGGCCGGUAGUGUUGAGGAAGCAGGGAAUCAGCAGGAGUUAGACAGAUUUGGAGAAUGAGCAAAGAAGUGGCAGAUGUCGGGA